ACCACCUUGAAUUUGAGCCAGAAAAACAAUAAAAAACCUUUUUACAAAUGCCAAAGUCUGCAAAUUUGUGUUUUGAAAUAUAUGCCUUCUCUUGCAUCGGAGUCUCGAAUGCCUCUACAUGAGCCAACGAGAGCCUGCCACGACUCAUUCUUUACACGAACCAUUAAAGUCUGAUUACAUUUCACUAGCAAGCAUUGAAUUAAACUAUAGCAACAGAAAAUUAGGACAAUACUAUUGAUCAUUGGAAAAUAUGAAUAAUAGCUGUUUAAUGCAAACCCUCCCCAAUAGUUCCAUGCGGAGGCAGGAACUAAUAAUUUGGUCAGCAAGGCAGUCUCACGAAUUAGACAAUAGUUGUAGGUAGUCAUAAUUAACGUAUUUAAUAACGAUGACCAUUUGUCCAUUUGAUGAUGAAAGUGUCCGCGGGACAAACAACAAAUUGGCCACUUUAUUUAUUUAUUUCUCGAAUUCCAAAAUUGGGAUGCUCCUGGUUGCUUGUGAAUGGUAAAAUGCUGGGUGGACACGAGAGAAUCUGCUAUUGAUAGUACUGUCAGGGUCGCAAGUUGCAAGUGGAUUGUCGUUCAAAACUCAGCGUCAGAAUGAAAGAAAAAAUUACAGAAUCUAACAGUGACAAAAGCUUGGAUCGUCUUGCAUGUCUAUGGGAUAUUAUGAACCGUUGAUUUGCAAAUUCAGCUUGUUCAUCUCAAAUAAAGAAACACCUUCGGUGUAACAAGUGUCAAUCCAUACAGUCUAAAAGUGAAUAGACGCUGCCCAGCUCCGACAACAGCAUUAUAUAUUUCUUACAUUCGUUCAUGGUCCUAGGCAAAGCGGUACAGACUACAGAGUAUUUUCUUCUUCUGAAGUUAGUUAUCAGCGACAAUGGCGUCAGCUUCAGGAGAAGCAGAAGAAAAUGCUGCAGAGGUCAAGAUAGGUGAAGAAUUCUUGAAAGCUAAAUGUCUCAUGAAUGCGGAGGUUGCCCUAAUUUUGGAGAAAAAAUAUGAUCAGCUUCAGCAAGUAUCUGAAGAUGCUUCAUGUCAAGUGUCUCAAGUGUUUGAGAGAUCUUUGCAGUAUGCGACACAAUCCAGUCGUUACAAAAAUCCAGGUGCGGUGAAGCAAGUUCGAGACGUUCUGAGCAGAAAUUCAUUGAGCGAAUUUGAGCAUAAGGGGCGUGGAUUGCAUGAUGAAAAGAUUGACAUAAUGCUUAGUAAUCUUGCUUCAAUAAGGAAAUUGGAAUAGCAUACUCUAUAUACUCCUAGAACGUGCACAAUCCUUUGGUUGGUGUCCAUGAUGAAUGCUUCUUCCAUGUGACAAGUUGUUUUGACUUUUUUGGUUCUCUGAAAAACAUCAAUCAUGUACAAGUUACUUCUAAUCACUGGUGUCAUAUUUCAUGAUUUUAGGUUUUUUUGAGUUAAACACUGCAAAUGAUGCUUUCUAUUUUGCUAUGUAUCUGCAAUGGCAUGCUGACAUUUCAUUAAGUACUGCAAAGGAUUCUAGUAUUUGGAAAGUUGAAAGGUAAUGUGAGGAUAAUAUAACCUAGGUAAAUCACAUGUUUGGGCUCAAUGACUUCACUGUUGCAAGGUCUGAAAUUUCCAACGAAUGUGAUGUUUUCACAUCUUCAUGUAUGCUUGAAAGUAAGGAAAGGAGGAUGUGGAGACAUCAAAUUUAUUUAUGCUUUUUACAAGCUAUUAUUGUAAUGAUGCUUUUGAACAAGCUUUGUUUUCAUUGAAAUUUUUUUUAGGAGCAUAUAGAUCUGGUGUAUGCCUUCUUUUUUA